GUCGCAGUCACCGACAGUGUUGGUCAAGCAGUAGACCGCUGAGCGCCCGGGUGUUUGCUGCUGUUUGUCAGCCUUACCAUUCUCGGCACACAGCACCUCGUUAGCGCCCGGUCUACAACUUGGCCACUCUGUUCAUCGCUUGAGUUCCUGGAGCGUGCUCACUCAUUGAAGGUGCAGGAUGCGGUCCGAAUCGUCCUCUGUCUUCCUCUUUGACCGCCUUUGUAUCGUACGCUGAGGUCGUGUGGUGGCUCCGUUGUGCUCUCCGGAAACGAAGCGCCCGUCUCGUCAUCUAUCGAGCAAGUGCAGUGCUCCCCAGCUCGUAGCUCUCUAUCACGGAAGACCACCACGAUGUCCGGGUCCAAGAAACUGCCAGACAUUGAAAGGCUAAGCAAGACAGUGGUGAGGGUCUUGGGACAGAAUCCCGGGCCUUAUACAUUACAAGGAACCAACACCUAUCUUGUGGGCGAGCAUAAUCCAUACAUCUUGGUAGACACCGGCGAGGGUCGAGAGUUGUACCCGGUCUUGCUGCGAGAUGCUCUCCUGGAUCCAACAUCAACAACACACGCCGAUAAGCCCCACAUCUCGGAUAUCAUCCUGACGCACAAGCAUCACGAUCACACUCUGGGACUACCAUCCGUCGUCUCCAUCUUGCGCCAGCUAUGGGAGGAAAGACAUAACUCCGAUGGUCCCCCAUACCAACCUCCCCGGAUACACAAGUUCCCUCUCCACACACCGUACGCGAAGUUGCAAACUGUAGUGGACAUGCUGAAAGCCAUGCCCGGCACAUACGUCCCCGACCCUUCCGGCAAUGUCUUCCACGAGCUCAGUCACGGGCAAACGUUCCCCGUCACCACGUCUGCCGCUGACAAGUCGUCCUCCGUCCUCGAGGUGCUGCACACGCCCGGUCACACAGCCGACUCGAUCUGCCUACACUACCCAGUGGAGGAGUCGCUGUUCACAGGCGACACCAUUCUCGGGCACGGCAGCGCCAUCUUCGAGGAGCUCGGGCCCUACAUGGGCACCCUCCAGAAGCUCGUCGACUUCAGCGACAACGGCCUCAAGUUCGGCCCCGUGCACCCCGGCCACGGCCCUUACGUAGAGGAGGGCUUCAGGCAGGUGAAGAUGUACCUGCAGCACCGAGUGGCGCGCGAGCAGCAGAUCCUCCGUCGGCUGGAGACGAGUCCCCCCACGGGGCACGAGUCGUGGACGACGUGGGCGCUCGUCUCGAAGAUCUACGCGGAGUUCCCGCGCGAGCUGUGGGAGAGCGCGGCGAGCAGCGUGGACUUGCAUUUGCGCAAGCUGGAGACGGAGGGCCGUGUCGAGUGCCUUGGGGGCGAUGGCAAGCAUACGGAGUGGGAGCUUGCACCAGGUGGGGACUGAUUGUUGCACUCGGUGGGACCUCAGGAAUCAUUGUCCUGCGCGUAGGAAAGAGGAAGGGUUGUACAUUAUAGGACGUGUAGCAUUUCCAUUGACAUCACUAGAAAGGAGAACACACAGAUAAAUUACAGUGCAUCGAAGUUGAUAUGGUGGGAAGCGCGUCUCCUCUCCAAUUCGUCUUCCCUCUGGGUCGUAAACGUCAGACAGCGA